AUGUUUACCAUUUUAUCCUCAUAUUUUCUUCUCUUGAUCUUCAACGAUGGCCGACCUUUCUUUUCUUUUCUAUCCUCGUGUUUCUCUAUAAAUCUCUCUUCAUAUCUAUCUAUCUAUCUAUCUAUCUAUCUAUCUAUCUAUCUAUCUAUCUAUCUAUCUAUCUAUCUAUCUGCUUGUGUGUAUUUCUGUCUGUUUCUCUAUAAAUCUAUCUUCAUAUCUAUCUAUUUCUCUCUCUCUCUCUCUCUCUCUCUCUCUCUCUCUCUCUCUCUAUCUAUCUAUCUAUCUAUCUAUCUGAUUCGCACUCAGAUACGCAUCCAUCCCAAACACACCCACCCGUUCUAUUACGAUCUACGCAACGUAACACUGUGCAUUAUUCGGCUGGCCUCUGCUCAUACCAUACCAUACCCAGAUGUGAGAGUCGACCAUAUUUUCAUAAUUGAGAUUCAUUGCCCUUUCAUCCUCCUCCGCCUCCUUCUCUCCCUUGUUCGUGACGUCCUUCUUCCCCUCGUUUUACCCCUUCUCUCUCUUUGCUUAUACCAAACAUUUUUGCCCUCUCUCUCUCUCUCUGACACUUAUGCUCUUUCUCCUCCACCUCCUACCCUUGCUACUACACCCAUCAUAUAUUAA